AUGACCAACGCCACCUUCAACACCACCGCCCAGCCAGGCGCGCUGCCCCCGUUGCCUGGCGCCAAGCUGGGGCUGACCGUGCUCUCCUUGGCCUUCAUCCUGGGCUUCCCCGGCAACAUCUUCGUGGUGUGGAGCGCUCUCUGGCGUGUCCAGAAGCGUACGGUCACCUGCCUCCUCAUCCUCCACCUGGCCUUGGCCGACUGCGCCGUGCUGCUCACUUCCCCUUUCUUUCUUCGGCUCCUGAGCGCCGGAAAGUGGGAGUUCGGCUCCGUGGUCUGCCAGCUGUGCCACUAUGUCUGCGGCGUCAGCAUGUACGCCAGCAUCUCCCUCAUCACUCUCAUGAGCCUGGACCGCUGCUUAGCUGUCACUAAGCCCUUCAUCUCCCAGAAGAUCCGGACUGCCAUGGUGGUCAGGUCCUUGGUCUUGGCCAUCUGGAUGGUCUCUUUCCUCCUUGCCGUGCCGGUCAUUUUCUACCGCAAGCUGGUGCUUAGGGGCAGGCACCUUCUCUGCGACCUGUCCCAUCCCACCAUUGGCCACCUCGUCUUCCACAACCUUUUUGAGACCCUGACUGGCUUUGUGCUGCCCUUCGCUGCCAUCAUCUGGAGUUACUGUGUCAUCGGGCGCAGGCUGCAGGAGACCCGCUUCCGGAGGAAGCGCCGCACCAACCGGCUCAUUGUGCUGAUUGUGGCCGCAUUCGCCCUCUUCUGGCUACCCUUCCACGUGGUGAACAUCCUAGACGUGGUUGGGGCGCUGAGCCACUCCAAGGGACUCAUCGUGGCUGGGAAGAUGGCCCGGCCCACCCUGACGGCCCUGGCUUUCUUCAGCAGCAGCGUCAACCCCAUCCUCUAUGCCUUCACCGGUGGUGCCUUGAUCAAGUCGGCUGGCAUAGGCUUCAUGGCCAAGCUCUUUGAGGGGACGGCCUCAGAGAUGUCCAGCACGCGGAUUGGGACGGGGCGGACCAUCCAGCGGCGCGAGGAGGCCAAGUUGGAGAUGGUGCAGGAUGGGAACCCAGAGAGCAUCACCCUUUCCACCAACCCGCUGGAGUAGCCCUCGGCCAUGUGGGACAGGCACUCCGACAAUCCCACUUCAUCCACCAACACCCUGGACUAGCACUAGGGCACGUGGGACAGGAGCUGCAACAAUCCCACCUCAUCCACCAACAUCUUGGGCUAGCCCUGGGGCCAUGUGGAACAAGAAUGGGAAAAAUCUUCCUGGGAGGCCCAGAAGACGAUGGUGCAAGGCCCCAACUGACUCCUUCAUGGAGUGAUGGUGAAACUAUCAAGAAUUUGCUCGGGGAGUGCUCAUUUGCUUCUUAUUUGGGGGUUGUCCUGGUCUGAACAACCUGCCCGCAACACCCAUUUUCCCCUUCCUCUCCAGCUGUGACUUUGUGGGAACAAACCCAGGCUCCAAUAUCUCCACCUUGACACCAACGGGGACUGGCCCAGCUACACAAGGAGAAUAAUUGGACUUUGUGUAAAUAUGGAAAAGGGACUCAAGCCUGAAUGGGGAUCGAUGAUUUAGGGAGUCAAGGCGCUACCAUUGUACUGUGGAGAGGAAGUGGCCUGUCUGCUCAGGUGACGGGAAAGUGAAAGCUGGAGGGGUAGAGACCGGUUGCGGGACAGAGGCAGGUGGUGGGGGAAGAGAUGGAGAGAAACAGGGUGAGGGCGAGAGGGAUGGAGGGAACGUUGAGAGGCUGAGGCUGGGCGAGUCCAUGUCUUCAGGAAGUUACAAGAGGUGCUUGAGGCUGCACUGACCCCAUCCGAGAACAGGGCCCCUGUUGUGCCAGGCACUGCACAAACCCACAGUGAGACAGCCCCUGCUUCUAGGAACUUGCAGUCUAAAUGGGCAAAGACAGGAUUAUUAUCCCUAUUUUGCAAACGGGGAAACUGAGGCAUGUGGGAGGUGCAGCGACUUGUCAAAGGUGAUCUAGAGAGUCUGUGGCAGAGCAAGGAACAGCCUGGGGGUGUCUAGGGACCCAGUCCAGGGCUCUGAACCACAAGACCAUCCUUCCCCUAAGUCUAUUUUCACAGCCAGAUAAAAAGGGAAUCUGGGAUUUCACCAGGAAGGUUUCGUACCUCCCAUCUGCGCUGUGUGG